UCAUUGUACUUGAUCACUUUGUUCGUACACCUCGGCGAGUAAUGUCGAGUAUCUUUUAAUCUCGAUACCCGUAAUAGGCAAGUUUACUGUUUUUUCCGGUACGCCCGACAAGCGUUUUUUUUUUUACGGAGCCGUGCCGCCGAUCAUCGCAGAACGAGAAUAUUGUCUUCUGAUAAAUAAAAAAAAUGAAGUUUUCUACGGUAACGUUUUUAGUGUUCUUCUCGUUCGCCGCUACUUUGGCGAAAAUCGAAACCGAAGACGCUGUUCUAGUGCUCACGAAAGACAACGUCGACGAAGCCAUCAAGGAAAAUGAUUAUCUGCUCAUCGAAUUUUAUGCUCCGUGGUGCGGACACUGCAAGGCCCUGGCACCUGAAUAUGCUAAAGCAGCGAAGAAGUUACAAGAGACCGGUUCGUCUGUGAAGUUAGCCAAAGUAGACGCAACUUUGGAAACUGAAUUAGCUGAGAAGCACGCCAUUAAAGGAUAUCCGACUCUUAAAUUUUACCGUAAAGGUUCCGUCAUUGAUUAUAGCGGCGGUCGUCAAGCGGACGAUAUUAUAAACUGGUUGACAAAAAAAACUGGCCCGGUCGCUAAAGAUUUACCAACGGUUGAAGAAGCUAAAGCGUUUAUCGAAGCGGAGAACGUCGCGAUUGUCGGAUUCUUUAAGGACGUAGAAUCGGAUGCAGCGAAAGUAUUUUUGGAGGUUGGUAAUGCCGUCGACGAUCACGUGUUUGGUAUAAGCAGCAGCGACGAAGUUUUUAGCGAGUACGGAGUGGAAGAUGGAAAAGUCGUUUUAUUCAAAAAGUUCGACGAAGGCAAGGAUGAAUUUAACGAGGAACUAGAUGCUAAGAAAUUACGAAACUUCAUUUUCGUGCACUCGCUGCCUUUGGUUGUCGAGUUUAAUCAGGACACCGCGCAAAAAAUCUUCAGCGGUGAUAUUAGAAGCCAUCUUCUAGUGUUCCUUAGUAAAGAAGCCGGUCAUUUCGAUGAGUACGUAGAGAAAAUUAAGGAACCGGCGAAGAAAUUCCGUGACCAGGUCUUAUUUGUUACGAUCAAUGCCGAUGAGUCCGAUCACGAACGAAUCUUGGAAUACUUCGGUAUGAAGAAAACUGAAGUACCUGCUAUGCGUCUUAUCAAACUUGAACGAGAUAUGGAUAAGUACAAGCCGGAGAAACCAGAAUUAACCAGCGAAAACGUUUUGGAAUUCGUGACUGCAUUCGUCGAAGGCAAACUGAAGAGACAUUUGCUUACGCAAGAUUUGCCCGAAGAUUGGGAUAAAAAUCCUGUGAAAGUUCUCGUUGGUACUAACUUCCAUGAAGUUGCAUUCGAUAAAAAGAAGAACGUUUUAGUCGAGUUCUAUGCACCAUGGUGCGGACAUUGUCAGCAACUGAUUCCUAUUUACGAAGCGCUCGGAGAGAAAUACAAGGACAAAGAUGAUUUAGUCAUAGCAAAAAUGGACGCUGUUGCGAACGAAUUAGACGACGUAAGAGUCGUUAAUUAUCCUACAAUUAUACUUUAUAAGAAGGAAACAAACGACGCUGUCGAAUACAAUGGUAAAAGAACACUCGAUGGACUUUCCCAAUUUAUCGAGUCCGAUGGUGCUUAUGGUCAAGCUGCUGAAGAAGCUCAAGAAGAAGACGAAGACGAUGAUGUGCCAAGAAAAGAUGAAUUGUAAACUAUCAUUACUAAGGAGUAAAUCAAAUAAUUUCCCACUUCUAUUUGCAGUUGAUAAACUUUGCAAUUCUACUUAAAACAUAUUAAUUUAUAGAAGAAGACUUUCGAAUCAUCUAUCAUCAUUUUGUUACUUUCAGACUUGCGUUUAUAAAUGAGUUUUUCAAUGUGUAGAAUUAACUGUUAAGAUUUUACUUACAGUCUUGCAUAGGGGUUGUUUAUAUAUUUAUACGAGUCGAGUUAUCUAAGAUUGGAGUUGCAAAUAUCUUAUUGGUGAUAAUGAAAAAAUAGUUUGCGGUUAGAGAUGUACGAAGAAAGCGACGGAGAUAUUUGUAGUUCAAGUUUCAGGUAAUUCGUCCUGAAACGCGUAAUGCGAUUGGCAUACUUUGAUUACGAUACAUGCUCUGUACGACUGAAGUGAUAUACUGCAUAUAAUUGGAAGAAAACAGUUUAUUUUAUAUAUAUGUUAGGUUUAAUAUGAAUGCGAGGUACGAUGAUUAUUUAUAUAUCGAAAUACAAUUUAGGAGUAAAACAGUCAAGCCUCUCAUAUUGUUUGUUCGUUUUUUUAUUUUUAUUUUUUUUUUUUUACUGUAACUUUUCACUCUCUGAAAAUUGCAGUGUAUACAUGCAAUACUUUUAUCUCGUGAUAUCGAUGUACGAAGAUAUAAUUUGUGAACAAUUAGUAAGCUAAGAUUCCCGUACAACUAUGAAUCGCAUUUUAUUUUUAUAAGAAAAUUUUGUGUUUUUUUUUAUUACAUAUAUACACACAAACUUGCGCGCGUAUAAUACACGACACACAUAUACUAGAAAUUAUUGUCCUUAUUACGAUAAAGUAGACAUUUUAAAGGAGUCGUUUUACGAAAAUUUUGUCGUUCAUAAAUACAUUUCCAUUUACAGCAUUUAAAACGAUCCACGAUUCGAUCGUUUCGCGACCAUUCAAGGUAGAAACAAUUUCAAUGUUUUCUUCCUGAGUUCGACUGGGUACAAAUUUUAUAAAAGAAAAAUUUUAGGUAUUGGGAUUAUCAAUGGUAGACAAGAAAAAUGAAUUAUCCUUAAGUCUUUAUUAUGUAUCAUUCUAAUAUAUAUUUUGAUAUAUAUUACUCUA